AUGGUCAGGAACCUCUCGGAGCGCAUUCCGAUUACAGGAUUUCAUUGUUCUGCACACCCAAACUGUAUAAAACAAUCAGAUGAAAAAAAGAAGGCAGCGGAGGAACUGAAAUUGCCCGAGAAGCCACACCGGGAAAUACAGGAAGACGAACAAGGCAAGGAAAACCAGAGAGAACCCAAAGCGCCUCCCAGGGUACACUUCCCAGAUUCCCCUCUGUUCCAGAGAUGGGGCAAAGAUUUAAUGGAGGACCAGCAAAUUGUGGCCCAGCAACUCUUUGAUAAGUACGGGUACAACGUUUACUUGAGCGACCGCUUGCCUCUGGAAAGGCCUUUGAAAGACACCAGACCCCCCAGAUGUCGCGAGAAGAAAUAUUCGCGUGAUCUCCCAACCCUUAGUGUCAUUCUUAUAUUCUUUAAUGAGGCCACCUCCAUCCUCUUGCGUGCAAUCACCAGCAUAAUUAACCGAACACCGUCUCACCUCCUGAAGGAAAUUAUCCUUAUUGAUGAUUGCAGUUCAAACGAGGAACUUAAAGGCCCUUUGGAGGAGCAUGUGAAAAAGUUCAACGCCCAACAUCCUGGACUGCUGAAAAUUGUGAGACAUCAAGAAAGGAUGGGGCUCACGGAAGCCCGGAUUUCUGGCUGGAAAGCAUCUCGUGCGGAUGUGGUGGCUAUCCUGGACGCGCAUAUUGAAGUCAACACGGAAUGGGCUGAACCAAUUCUCUCGCGCAUCAAGGAGGACCACACCGUUAUCAUAUCACCGGUGUUUGACAACAUCCGUUUUGAUGAUUUCCAACUUACUCAGUAUGCGGAGGCUGCCGAUGGGUUUGACUGGGCUCUUUGGUGUCUCUACGAGGCCAUACCAAAAGACUGGUAUGCCCUCAAAGACCCAACUGCACCAAUCCGGAGUCCUUCUAUCAUGGGAAUACUUGCCGCAAACAGAGAGUUUUUGGGGAAGAUUGGUGUUCUGGAUGGCGGAAUGCACAUUUACGGUGGAGAAAAUGUGGAAUUAGGCAUCAGGGCUUGGCAAUGCGGCGGGAGAGUUGAAGUCUUGCCGUGUUCAAGGAUUGCACACCUGGAACGAGCCCACAAGCCCUAUGUGCUGGAUUUGGCCCUUGCUGUGAAGAGAAAUGCGUUACGUGUCGCAGAAGUGUGGAUGGACGAAUAUAAAUACAUGGUCUACUAUGCCUGGAACGUACCUCUUGAGAAUUCCGGCAUAGAUUACGGAGAUGUUUCUUCUCGAAAAGAACUCAGGAAACGACUGAACUGCAAAAGCUUUGAUUGGUAUAUCAAAAAUGUCUACCCUAACUUGGUCCCUCAGGUUAACAUUGUAGGCUAUGGAACAAUGAAAAACUCUCUGAGUGAGGAAAACUGCGUAGAUCAAGGGCCGGUUCCUGGGAACACUCCCAUAUUGUACAUCUGUCAUGGAUACAGCCCACAGCACAUGUUCUAUCACAGCACUGGAGAAUUCUUUGUGGGAGGUUUACGAUCCCAGCGCAACUCGGUUGACAGAUGCUUGACAGACCCUGGAGAAGGAAAGCUGCCAGUCAUUGAGCAGUGUAAUGAAGCGAAGAAAAAAGGCCUGAACAUGCUCUGGGAUUUCACCCAAGGGUCAUCUGUAAUCAACAGGAAAACGAAAAGGUGUCUUGAAGUUGCGAAAGAUCACGGCUCUCCGUACUAUGCUCCAGUGAUGCAAAACUGCACAGGUCAAAAAUGGUUUAUUCAAAAUACUGUCAAGCCAUGGGGGAAGCAGCCGUAG